AGAAAAAUUAAAGAGAAACUAAAUGGAAACAAUACAACAAAGGUAAAUGUGUCCCUUGCAUUUUAUUUAAAUUUGUGUUAUUUUCAUCAUUUUUUAUUUACCAUUAAAUACUUUCCGAUCAAUACUUAACCAGUUAAGCAGUGAAUUGGUGUCCACGCUGGCCGGUGCACUGGUCCCCUCCCACCACUGUCGUCAAAGAAGGAAUUGUUAGCAUGCUAGCUUUCUGCAUUCAUCCACCAACGGGCGACUGAAUAUCAUAGGAAAGAGAAUGAUGCAGCAAACCUUCAGUUGAAACAGUUGCAACAUGGCUUGAACAGUCCGACAACCAUUCGAAGAGGACUGGACCAGAACAAGGAUCGGAAUGCAGAGGAUUUUCUUGUUGCGUUUUUUUUAAUCGACAAACUAUCCAAUAGGAUAAUAAACGCUCCAGUUCUCCAACGUUUUGCCCCAGUCGGAUGGAGGUAAUAUCGUAUGACAGCAGCGUGUAUGAGAUUAUCUAGCCAACUACUGUUAUGAUAACGGAAGUCAGUCUCAUACCCGAAUCUGGGACAUAGAAACAUGUGUUUAGAUAACGUAGCUGAACUGUUCUUAACACGCACAUGCAGUUGUGCAUGUAUUUCAGCGUGUCAGUUCGCAGGCAUUCUAGAGACUGCUAGCCUGGGAAAGUAUUUUAGCACUGUAAUCAGCUUGUAGGCACUUACUUGCCUAGUUAGCGCCAAAUUAUUGUUUUGUUAAGCAGUGUGGUUUUAUUGUAGCUGAUCAUUGUCAUGCGUCUCAUAAUAACCGGACCAUUUUAUUUUGGUUUUGGAGCCAGUCCUUAAUCCAGAUCUCAGGCGCCAGCUGACACUUUGCCCUGAAGUACAUUUACAGUGGCCUCAUUCUCCUUGAAGACGCAGUUUUAUGAAAUGCAUCACUCGGAAUCAACCGGGGAUUCUCCUGGGACCAAAAGAAGGCCGCACGCAUCAGCUUUUACCAGUCGUAGGGGUAGUAACACGCUAAGUGGUGGUACGUCUGCCUCGUUGAACGGAGUCAACAUGAACUGUAAUGCCCUCCCGACGGAUGACCAUCAGCCAUCACUAUUAAUCCACCAAAUACCAUCUGCUGGAUCACCAGGUCCCCAUCACCCUGCCACCAGCCUGAACAUACACACACAGUCUCAAUCUCACCAAAGUGCUGGGGCUCAAAUAAAAAAGAAGAGUGGCUUUCAAAUUACAAGUGUCAUGCCAGCACAGGUUAGUGCUAGCACUAACAACAGUAUAGCAGACGAUACAGAAAGCUAUGAUGAUAUCGAUGAGUCGCAUACUGAGGACCUGUCAUAUUCAGACACUCUUGAUGUGUCUGUGUCACGGGCCACUGACACUGGAAUACCUGAGAGAAGUUCUUCAGAAGAAACACUAAAUAGUAUACAUGGAGGAGAGACUCCUGGAGUUGUAUCACCUAAUGAAGCAGUGAAUCCUCACCUCCACUCUGGUCAGACAGGAUAUAUGGUGAAUGGGACUGUUCAUCAUAACCACCAUCCUCCUGAACACCAUAAGGACCAGGGGGUGGCCUCCAUGGCUAUUCCACAGCCAAUCCAUGGGGAACCUUUGUGCUCUGCAUCACUGAACAGCAGUGCUCCAUCUGGAGACGCCAUUGUGCAAUCUGAUGCUUCUGCUGAGAGUAGAACCCAAAGAUCCACCUCAGUUCAAGCUGCUGAUGUUGAUAUUAGUGCCACUGGAAUAGUGAACCAGACCUUAUUUUCAGCAUCAGACUCUACAAAUGGUGUCAGUGGAUUAGAGAUGCCAGGGAGUGUGAUUGGGUCAAAUAGAACAAGCCUUCUUGGUACAGUCGAGCCUGUAGAUAACACCAUGAUGGCAAUUACAAUGACAGGUUCUCACCCUCUGCCAGUAUCCAGCACCACUCAAAUUCAGGCUUCCACCGCCAUUGCGUCCCGUUUCAGAGUAGUGAAGCUGGAUUCCACAGAACCCUUUAGAAAGGGACGGUGGAUGUGCACAGAGUAUUUUGUGAAAGAAGCUCCUACUGCAGCCCCUUUUACAGAUGUAACACCUACUUAUCGAGCUGUUGACAACUUGAUCAAUUCCGAGAGUGAAAGCACAAGUGAAAGUUCUUGUACUAUGAUGAGUGGUGCAGGAGAUAAAAGAACACUACCAACCCAGCAGACAUUUGUACAGCCUGCUGUUCCUGUUCUUCAACCAAAUCUUUCCCAAACCUCUGCCCAACAUUCCCAAGAUACUGGAAUUCACACUAGUGCAUUUCCACCUGUAGCACCCCCUGAAAACAUGCAAGUUGUUCCAGUCCCAGGAACUGACUGCCAGGCUCCCACUUCCAGGAUCCAAGAGCAGAUACCUUACAUGGUUAAGGGCCACACAGGCCAGCUGCAAAAUGGCUACCCUGUAAAUCAACAGCCUUCUAUGCUCAUGACCCAGGCUUUGCAAUCAGUAGAUUAUGCUCAGAUUUCACUGGGCAUCCAAGCUCCAGCUCAGUCUCAUGAAAUACCAUCAGUUCAGAGCACUCUAACAUCUAAGGCUACCCCUGGGAGUGUCCCACAGUCCGUAUUUACAAGGCCCCAAGUUGCAAUUCCACACAUGGUGCUGGCACAAGAAAGCAUAAGAAGUCAGGUCCAGCAACAACAACAGACUAAUCAGCCACCCAAACCAAACUCCUCAGCUACAGGCCAAACUCCACCUAGUAUGACUUCCUCUUUUCUGCAGAGCAAUAUUCAGUCUGGCAUUCCUCUAGCCCACCCUCAUGGAGUUCCUGUUGGCGGUCACUCUGGUGGGCUAGAAUUGACCUUGCAUCAACGGGAAGGUCAGUCCACCCAGCUUUCCCUAGCAAGAGGACAUUAUAGUGGUAAACCUCUGCCUGCCUCCCAGCUUGAAGAUGCUGGGCGCCUACUUUUGCAACAUCAGUGUCUAUUUUCUCUGCCUCGGCUGGCAACUGGCAGUGUAUCUUUACUUUCUGAACAAAGCAACUCUGAGGGCAGUGCUAGUGGAGAUGCUAGUGCUUUUGUCACAUCUACAGGCACAGAUGAGGACAGCUUUUCAGGUGUCGGUGUUGUGGCCAUAGAUAACAAGAUUGAGCAAGCAAUGGACUUGGUUAAAAGCCACCUAAUGUACGCAGUACGUGAAGAAGUGGAGGUGCUGAAAGAACAAAUAAAAGAGCUGAUUGAAAGAAAUUCCCAGCUGGAGCAGGAAAACCACUUAUUAAAGAACUUGGCGAGUCCUGAACAGCUAGCUCAGUUCAAGGCUCAGGUGCACAGCACCUCCCCCACCUUGGGCACCCAAACAGGAAUUGUGUCAGGUCUGCCAACCUCACAGACCCAGGGUUCGGGGCCUCCAGUGUAACUACCUCAUAAUAGUGUAAUGGAGGGCUACUGACCUGAAGUCUCUCCAAAAUAUAACAGAAGUUAAAUAAUACUGUGAACACUUUGAUGAAUGGCAACACGAUUAAACACACCACAGUUGCUGAGCCUUGAGGAUGUACUUCAAAAUGUUAAUCAUUUGCACAUGGUAAACUGUCAUGUGACAUCAAUGCGCUGCUUGCUAAGAGCCAACCCCUUGAGAUGCUUUACAUGCUUCAGACAAUCAAAACGGAGAAAAAAUGAUGAAGUGGACUGUAUCGAAAGCCAAUCAUGGGAAAGUAGGAUAAAGGUCUUUGUAAUUUGGGUCUAAUAAAUUGCACCUUUGCAUGCUCAAGAAUAUAUUUUGUAUUGUUCAUAUCAGCAGUGAAUAUAACUGUAAAUGAUACAUGAUCCUUCCUUUGUCACCAAUGCUUUGCUUUUGGUUUAAUUUGUCUUUUUCAUUUUUAAAGUGAUUUCAUGUAUAGUUUGAAAAAAGAAAAAAGGGGGACCAUUCCCAAUUCUAAAUCCAUAACGCAAUAUUACCAUUUCUACUCUUGUGACUGAUUUGUUCUUAAGCUGAGAUACAAACUGUUUCAAUAGUUGCAUGUUAGUUGCUGCAAACUGAGGGGUGAAAAAGCGUUAGUAGUUGUACUGUUGUAAAUAUUUAUGUUUGCAAAACAAGCGUUUAUGUAUGGAAAAUUACUGUAUUAUACAUAGCAGGGAAAAUUUAAAUAAAACGUAUUGUUAACGCUGCACUUUGCACAUUAAGGUCAAACUGCAUAUACUACAAUUUGGACUGAGCUCACCGGUUUUGCCUCCAAAAAGGAACAGUGCACAUUAUGAUUAAAAAAAUUUAGUUCCACAGGUUAAGAAACCUGAUAACAGAUCUUUUAUUUCACUGAAAAUUAUUAAUUGAGAUUUUGUUCUACCUUACAGUAAUUGACCUCUAGAUGUAAUAGACAGUUUCAUCACAAUUGUUAUUGACCUUUGUCUCAAAUCACAGUGUCAAAGUGUCAAUUUUGCCUUAGAUUCCAAGCUUGUUUCCUUGAAAAACACGAUAUAAAAAAAUGACAACAGAAUUUCUCUAAACAGCUGCACCUUAGGUUUAAUAAAAAGAAGGAGAAAAACUACUUUUGCAUGUAACAUGCCAUUGCAUUCAUCACUAUUACAUGUAUUAUGGAUAUCUAAAUAGUGUGAUCUGGAAUCACUCUUUAAAAAAAAAAAAUUAUAAACCCACUUGACACAGUAUGCCCCUUUUAAUAUGCACAGAUUUUUAUUUUUUUUUAUGGGAAAGAGUUCAUAUCUCUUUCUAAGUAGGGGUAUAGUGGCUGGGCAGCGGUUGCCUAGUAAUUAAGAAAAGUAAGGUGACUAGAUUAAGAACUUUGCUGCAUUAAAACCUUAUAGUGUUUUAUAUUUGGAAGCAGCUUCUAAAAUUUGUUUGAUAAUGAAAAUGGGGACAGUAAAUCAGAAAUUCCAUUCAAUAAGAAACUAGUCACUUUGUCAUUUCUUUUUGCACUUCUUGAUAUGUUUGUUGGUCGUCAUCUAUAUUAUGUAUAUGUAAUCUAAUUGCUCACAUAUUGGGAUAAUUAAUUAUUUAAACAUGUACUUAAAUAUUCAGGUUAUUGUAUUAUUUGCUGUAGAAUAAAGGCCAUAUUUUACAUUUCC